GACCAGCGAGCUAGUUCUGCGCCGGCCGGCACGCUUGAUGCACGCGUGUGGGACGUUCGCGUCCAACUUCUUCGUGAAUCUACGAGUAUAAAAACUUGUUUUUAAAUACAUUAUGACUGAAAGUUAUUGAACUGUAUUUUAGUUAGUGACGUUAAACAUUUUGCGACUAAUUAAAGUGAUUAUACUGUCAUUGAAUUGUGUGUUGUUUAUUUUUUCUGUGAAACUGCAACGUGUUUGGUUCAACGGACUACGGAGGAGAGACCGAAAUGUCAUCGAAUUAAGGAGUUGACUUUUACGUACUUUUGGUGGUUUUAGUGUUGUGGUUAAAGAACUAUGUAUGAGGUGAAUAGUCGGACUAUGGGUGCCUUAGCCGUGGUCGUUAGAUGGGCGAUCCUACUCCUCAUCGGUGUGAGUUGGCACGUCAACUCGCAAACAGUGCAACAGACUACAGAAGUGGACAAUUCGUAUAACUUUUACUAUGAACAGCCAUGUUGUUCUGGGACCGUUUCCAAGAGUAAAUACCACAUGCGACACAGGCGAGAUCAUGUUCGCGAAUUCUCGUGUGGCACGUUGUACUACCGAACCUUCUUCGUGGACUCUAAAAGGGAUGCCCUCUAUGUGGGCGCUAUGGAUCGGUUGUAUCGGCUGAAUAUGAAUAACAUCAGCGCAUCACACUGCGAAAGAGAUUCAAUAAAUUUGGAGCCCAGCAACGUAGCACAAUGCGUAUCUAAAGGGAAAUCGGAGCACUUCGACUGUCGGAACCAUGUUCGAGUAAUCCAACCAAUGGGCGAUGGGUCUCGCCUCUAUGUCUGCGGGACCAACGCACACAGCCCGAAGGAUUGGGUCUUAUAUUCCAACUUGACGCACCUGCCGCGUCACGAGUACGUGCCAGGCAUCGGCAUGGGCGUCGCCAAGUGUCCCUACGACCCUGCUGACAACUCCACGGCUCUGUGGGUGGAGAGAGGCAACCCUGGAAGCUUACCUGCCCUCUACUCCGGCACUAAUGCGGAGUUCACCAAAGCGGACACCGUCAUCUUCAGGACGGAUCUACAUAACUUGACGACGGGGCGACGCGAGUUUGCCUUCAAGAGGACCCUGAAAUAUGACUCCAAGUGGCUUGACAAGCCAAACUUUGUGGGGUCGUUCGACGUUGGAGACUACGUGCUUUUCUUCUUCCGUGAAACUGCUGUGGAGUACAUCAACUGCGGGAAAGCGGUGUACUCGAGAGUAGCGCGAGUUUGCAAGAGGGAUACUGGCGGCAAGAACAUACUCAGUCAAAACUGGGCCACAUACUUGAAAGCAAGACUGAACUGCAGCAUACCUGGAGAGUUUCCCUUCUACUUCAAUGAAAUACAGAGCAUCUAUAAAGUGCCUGGAGACGACAGUCGUUUCUACGGCGUGUUCACGACGGCAUCCACCGGUCUCAUGGGCUCUGCCAUCUGCACGUUCACCAUAGGCGACAUACAGAAGGCUUUCGAAGGGAAAUUCAAGGAGCAAGCGUCUUCAAGCUCUGCGUGGUUACCGGUGAUCAGCAGUAAGGUGCCAGAACCGAGGCCUGGGACGUGUGUCAAUGAUACCUCGUCUUUACCUGAUACGGUGCUCAAUUUUAUAAGAUCUCACCCACUAAUGGACAGCGCGGUGUCCCACGAGAAUGAAAAGCCGAUAUACUACAAACGAGACCUGUUCUUCACGAGACUCGUGGUGGACAAAGUCAAGGUCGAUAUGAUGGGGCAUCAGCUGGAGUACACUGUCUAUUAUGCUGGAACCAAUGAGGGCAAGAUUCACAAGAUAGUGCAGUGGAAUCGCAACGGUGACAGCCAGUCGGCGCUGCUCGAUAUCUUUGAUGUCACUCCCGGUGAACCGAUACAGGCGAUGGCCAUAUCCCGCAUGCACGGUUCUCUCUACGCGGCCUCCGAUAGGCGAGUACUACAACUUCGACUGGCGUUAUGCGCUCGUCGCUACGACGCAUGCGUGAGAUGCGCACGCGAUCCCUACUGCGGCUGGGACAGGGACGCCGGCGUCUGUAGGGAGUAUAUGCCGGGAUUAAUACAAGACGUAGCCAAUGAAACUGCUGACAUUUGCGAUUCGUCCAUCGCUCGUAAAAGCGUGUCAGCGACGUGGGGUCAAAGCCUUCACCUCGGCAGCUUCGUCAAGAUGCCCGAAGUGCUGCAGCCGAGAGCAGUCACGUGGUACCACUACUCCAGAGAGAAGGGACGACAUCCGAUCACGUUCAAUAAACCAGAGAAAUACAUUGAGACGUCGGAACAUGGUUUGCUGAUUAUUUCAGUAAAUGAGGCCGAUGCUGGGAGAUAUGAUUGUUGGCUAGGAGGAUCCCUGCUAUGCUCCUACAACAUCACUGUUGAUACGCACAGGUGCUCUCCUCCUGAGAAGAGUAAUGAGUACCAGAAAAUAUAUUCGAAUUGGUGUCAUGAAUUCGAAAAAUACAAAACUGCAAUGAAAACUUGGGAAAGAAAGCAAGAGCAAUGCUCAAGACAAAAUGACUCAAAUCAGAACACACAUCCAAACGAAAUAGUGUGAUAGCUUCUGAACAUCGCCUAUCUCAUGUUUCAGUCCGUUAAUUAUUAUGCUGGAGCAAUACCGAUACCUUACGUGUCGGCCGGCCUGAAGUACUUCAAUAUAUUCUCGUGAGGAAAUCCGUCAAUAUCAUCCGCUCCAUUACGAUCUCAUAGUGACUCCAUAGUUGUGUAUCUUGAGCUCAAGACUUAGUGCAUUCGACCGAAUGUGACUCCCUCUAGCUUUUGUAAAGACGUAUUGAAAGUGUAGUGAAUCUGACUCGUAGUAAUAACAGUGCGUUCCAAACUCUCGGCGGAACAUGAAUAGGUGAUUAUUGGACACUCGAAAUUUUUACGAACACUUUUAUUAUUGAAAAAUAAAUGGAAGGAUAUAAAGAGCGUUGUGCGUUGCUUUGUUGGUAAAUGGAAUGUAAAAUAUUUAGUAAUUGAAAUUAUAAGUACGCUUUGUUCGUUGGCUAAGUGAUAGAACAAAUUGUUAGAUUAUGGGAUGGUAUUACUUUGAAUGUUUGUCGAAGAUUUUAUUUAAAUUUAAUUUUAUCAUGUUUUUCUAAACUUUAAUCCUGUCAAAGUAUGUUUAGUUAAGUUUAGUGUGGUCGGAUAAUGUUUCUUGAUCUCAAAGACUUUAUUUAAUGUUCAUGGAUCAAGACACAUUAUUUGUUGUAAACUAACGAUUCAAAUACAAAGAUACGUAUUGCCGUGUGUUGGUACACCGCGGUCGUAAUUUGAAAUCUCCGAGGGUUGUGGGAGGGUUCGCCUCAUUAUUUUUCCCCUAUUUGUGUAAAUAGUUACCUAAUUUCGUUUGACUGUAUCUAUUAUAAGUGUACACGUAUAGUAUGCACGUCCCUAACGGUAAUGAGUAUAAUUUAAGCCUGUGAUAUAUAAGAAACUCGUUUAGGAAAUAUAUUUUUAAGUAUUGAUCGUGGACUUAUUAAGACUAAAAUUAUCACUCAUUAAUAUAGCUGCAACAUUUAUUUUUUUUUAAAUCACGAAUAGUGCUAUAGAAAUUAAUACUGAUGUUUUGUUUAAACUAGGCAGUACUGACUAUUUACAAAGUUGUGAGACAAUGUAUUCUGAUACACAUAAAACUGCACAAGCUAAUGUUUUAUUUAUGAUCACAGCAAUAUCAUAGAAACUAUUACAUCGACUUCAAACGCUCUCAUAAAACUGAUAGCCCACUGAUAUAUCCUUGAAUUUAAUAUACGAAAAAUAAUUUCUUUUGUUCAUUCACUUCGAAAAAUGUGUAAUAAAAGUAUAUCUAAAAAUGGGUAAGUCCAAAACACACUGCCAAUCACUAAAUCAAUCAGUUUUAUGAGAGUUAACAUAGGAUAUUAUUUCAACUUACAAAUAAAUAUAGAUUGUAAACAAAGUAGAAAACUUAAGACAUUUUUAGAAAAGUAUCUCUGAAUAUUUUUGUACAAAAAUCCUGUACUCGUUUUAGCUCAUUACUCAAGUAUCAACUAGUACCUACUCAAGUUAUUCGAUUCCAUAUCAUACAAUUGUACCUAAGAGCUUGUACAUAAUAUUCAUUGUCACCAAUAUAUUUACAUUCGCAGCGGUCAAAUAUAAAAAAAAGUAUCUAAAUUAUAUGAGUAUUCUAUAUAUUUUUUCUAAACAUUUUUUCGAAUAAUGCCAUAAACAUCCGCUGCCAGAAUUUCGUAGUGUACUCAUUUUAUUCCAAAAGUAAUACAUACAUAUUCAUCAAAUUAUAUUAAUGCUAUUUAUUUUACGUAUUCUAUUCCGUCAAUAGAAAAAUAUUAUUGUCCUUUGAUAUCAAAUUCAAGUAAAAUGACAUGUAAUCGUAUAGCGUUUAAUAAUUUCAAGAUAUGUGUUCAUCCUCACUUAACAUAAAUUGUACUUAAGGGUAUUAAUUUAUUCGAUUGCUCAUUAAGGUACCUACCUAGUUACUAAAGCUAAAUUGCAUUUUGUUGUAUGUAUUGUAGAAAAAGUGAUAAAAACUAAUGUGACCAUUAUUUACAAUGAGCCCUUCGCUAUAACUGCUAAAGUAGUAAUAAAUAUAGCCUAAUAGGUGCUUAAAUAAGCUUUCGUUUUGCAAAUAUUAUAUGAAAGUAUUUUUCAGACUUCUCUCAUAUCAUAAUGUACAUACAUAAAUCGAAAUAGAUUAUAAAUUCGUAAGAAUUAUCUGAGCUUCGUCGUUUAUUGUAUUAGUUAAGACUCAGUACUUAAGUAUUCUAGUGAAUAAACUAAAGAUUUCCCUCUUCUUGGGAAUAUCUUGCGCAAUAAUUAUAAACUAAUUACUAUUAUCUAUACUUAUGUAAUAGCUCUGUAAAUUUCACAUGUUACUAUAUUAAGUUAAAAAUUCAAAAUGUAGCGUUAAGAUUUUAUAUAAUAAAUCUAUGAAAUGUA